AUGAGCCCGCUGCCCCACCUGGGCAUUGUCAAUGAGAUAACUGUCCCGCCAGACAGCCACAGCACAGUGUGGGUGGUUUGGUGUUUUGUUCUUUUCUUGUGUGGUUUUUUUGAUGGGUUUGGGGUUGGUUUGUUUACUGCAGCUGCAGUUUUACUGGCAGAAUGCUCAGCGGGUUCCUGGUGUGGUGUGUGCGCCAGGAUUCUCUGCAGCGUUACCACCACAUUUGCACAGGCGUUAGCGGCUCCUGCACGAGAAUUCCCCCAGUUUGAGUGUGUAAAUCACCGCGGCUGCUCCGGCAGAGUUCUCACCUCUCCUCCGUGCUCUCUGGCAGAUCUGAUGCCUUCCUUUAUCCGCCACGGUCCGACCAUUCCACGACGAACCGAUAUCUGCCCUCCCGACUCCGCAUCCUCUGCCUACGCGCCCGGCGGCGAUGGGAUCGUGUCCCGCAACCAGAGCUUCCUCCGAACUGCGGUGCAGAGGCCGCCCCACGAGAUAAUGAGGCGAGAAAGCAACAGACUGUCCGCACCUUCCUACCUGGCCAGGGGCUUGGCAGAGGUGCCCAGGGAAUACGGCUCCUCCUCGCAGUCCUUCCUGGCAGAAGCCGCCCCCGGGCUGGAGAACGGCGACGCCGGAGCCCGCGGCUAUUACUACGAUCAUUUCUACGAUGCCCAGAGGAGACGCCUGCACGAGGACUACAGGUAUUACGAGCACAGCAGCGAUCUUUUCCAGAGGAUGUCCCAGAAUCAUGGGAGGCACACUUCAGGCAUCGGGCGAGUUGCUGCUACAUCUUUAGGAAACCUAACAAAUCAUAGUUCUGAAGAUUUACCUCUUCCUCCUGGCUGGUCAGUGGACUGGACCAUCAGAGGAAGGAAAUACUACAUCGAUCACAACACCAACACCACCCACUGGAGCCACCCCCUGGAGCGGGAGGGGCUCCCGCCGGGCUGGGAGCGGGUGGAGUCGGCCGAGUUCGGCGUUUACUACGUGGAUCACAUCAACAAAAGGGCUCAGUACAAACACCCCUGUGCUCCCAGCGUGCCCCGUUACGAUCAGCCGCCCCCCGUGUCCUACCAGCCGCAGCCCCCGGAGAGGAGCCAACCCCUGCUGGUCCCUGCCAACCCCUACCACAGUGCUGAGAUCCCCGACUGGCUGCAGGUCUAUGCCAGGGCUCCUGUCAAGUACGACCACAUCCUGAAGUGGGAGCUGUUCCAGCUGGCCGACCUGGACACGUACCAGGGCAUGCUGAAGCUGCUGUUCAUGAAGGAGCUGGAGCGCAUCGUGAAGCUCUACGAGGCGUUCCGGCAGGCGCUGCUCUCGGAGCUGGAGCAGCGGCAGCAGCGGCAGCAGUGGUACGCGCAGCACAACUACUGAGCCGGCCCCCUCACACACACAAACUCUGAAAGAAAAGUGCUUUUGGUGAAAAGGCAGCUUAUUUUUGUUGACGUUGCACCUUUGUUAUUAUCCUCUUGAAUAUUUUUCUACAUGUAUUAUGUGUUGUUUAUAAAAAGUGGGAAUUGUUCGUUAAUCUUUUUUUGUUGUUGUUGUUGCCGGGAGUAGUUUGUUAUCCUGAGAAACCAGCAUGGGUCCCCCGAGCCCCGAUCUCUUCCCCACGGUCAGCUGCAGUAUUAAAAGCUGGCUGUGUAUUUUUUAAGGGCAAUAGAUGCAACUGUCACGUCCUGGCUUCCAAACGUUGUCCAAAUGCAGAUGCCUGUCGAGGGCGUUUCCCUGGGGAUUUGGGAUUCCUCUCCUGAGAGAGCUCUGCUCUUUGUUUACAGCUUUAAUGUACAGAACCAGCCCCGGGCCUGCUCAGUCACACCAGGAGCCGAUUUCACCCCUCGGAGCCCGAGUUGCCUUAUUUUUUACUUUAGCUCAUUAGCACUCCAGAUUUACUCCUCGUUUUCACACAGAUUACUCAGAGGGGGAACACUUGUACCUUCCUAAAGACCAAGAUCCCUAAGCAGAGUGGUUUUGAUCCUGCAUUUCCCAAAACCUGACCCGCUGCAGUGGAAAGGCAGCAGCAUUGUCUGACCCACUGUGCCACCCCAGGGGGAAAAUCAGGGAUGUAACAGCAAUUACUGGUUUUUUUGUUUGGUUUUGGUUUUUUUUUUAAUGAGCUUUUGUCUUAAAGCUCCUCACUUGGGGAAAAUCUUUAAUUGUGCAGUUACCCUCUCCAGUAAUUUCAUUUGGUUCAUUAAUUUUCCUGAUACGUUAUUUAUAGGUUCUUUUCAGUGCAAUAAACACUGCAGACAAAAAAAGUACAUUUCUUGUAAAUCCUGUUCAUUCAAUAAAAAUCAUUUUGUUCGAUGAACAGAGGGUUUGUGUGACUGAUUUGUGGGUUUUAGAACUUCAAAUGAACCGCUCUUACCAGCAGUAAAAGCCCCUUGGGAUGCUUGAGAUGCUCAAAGCUCUUGGUGGCACCACACUCUGGCUCUGUCAGUGGAUAAAUGACCCUCAAAACACCAACUCUGAAAUCCCAAAUCAAACCAAACACGUAAAAAAACCCAGAGGAGAAACCUUUGCCUAGAUAAUAAAUAAAUUUUCCCUGCAGAACCAACUUCUUAGGAACCAAAAGCAAACUUUAAUAGUCCUGACAAUAAAAGAAUAGAACUGUACCACACGUUCUAUGCACUAUCAUGGAUAAAUAUGUACAGAAAUACAGAGAAACUUCCUCCAGCACGGCUACAAAGUGACACUUUGUGCAGACAAACAAACGGUUCCU